AUGAAUGACAGCAAGGCUCUUCUGGUGGUGGCAUCUUAUCUUCAAGCUGCAGCUGAACUCUGGUGGGACAAGAUACAAAAUACAAGACAACAGCAUGACAAGUCAGUGAAUAACUUUGUUUACAAACUGAGAGAACUUUUUACCCUGGUCAAGAUUGAUAACGAGUCCUUCAAGAUCCACAGUCUUCUCCAGGCAAUUGAUCCACAAGUUGCAUACGAGUUAGAACAGAGAGACAAUAUGCCUAAAACUUUUGAAAGUGUUAGUGAAAAGGCACGUAAGCUAGAGCUGGUAAAAUCAAAAUAUGCAUGUAAUUUGGUUGAUUGGCAGUUGGUUAUAUUUGGUUCUUCUACGUCAGAUGACAGCAAUGUUUCUACUUUACAAGACUUGGUCAAGGAAUUCAAGACUCUCAAGGUUCACGUUGUCAAACAACCAAGGUCAUUUUUUCAAACUCAUACUCAGUCUCAGCCAACUUCUUUAGGUCAUUCCUCAGGUCAUUCUCAGGGUCAGUUUUCUCAACCUCAGGUCAAAGCAAAGCUGAAGGGUGUUUGUUGGAAGUGCAGAUCGGAAGACCAUAUGUCUAACACUUGCCCCCAAAAGAAUGAGCAGGAGAAAGGCAGCAGUCAACAGCAGCCAUCUACCAGGAAGAAGGGCAAGGCAGUUGAGAUUCCUAUUGGUCCUCCUCUUUUGUUAGCAAUGGAAGGUGUUGAACGCUCAGAUGUUUCUUUGGUUCCUCCUGAUUAUUCAAUAGUCCCUCCUGGUUCUUCGAUGGGUCCCUCUGGUGUUUCUAUGGUUUCUCCUGGUAGGUCAAUGACUCUCUAUGAUAUUUCUCCAGUUCCGCCAGGCACUUCGAUGGUUCCACCUGGUUGGUCUGCAGUUUCUCAUGGAGUAGGUCUGACUCCCCCUGUAGUCAAGAGGAAACGUAAGUUAUCUCAUUCUCUGCCUGUCGAGUUUUGUUGGAAGGACUUUUGGUUUCAAUUGAAGGAGCUAGACGCUGGACUCAGUAUGGCUGAUUGGGUUGCUCUGGAUCGUUCUCUUGGAAGAGACAUGCGGUAUGAACUGUAUUAUCUAUACAAUGAUGAGGAAGACUCUCUUGACGAAGUUUUGGAGGGCUCUGAGUCAGAAAAUUCUGAUUAUCUGUCAGAUGAAGGUUCUUUUGGUACUGGUACAUCUGACUCCAAAGGCUAUGCAAGCAACAAUACCAUCUACCACUAUCCCUACAGUCACAGAAUCAUGAGUAACAGCAAGCCAUUAAAAGAGUCAGUGGUGAUCAAUGGUCAGGUUGUACAAGCAAUCUUUGAUUCCAGAGCAAGUGUGUCCAUCAUCAGUAAGAAACUGGCAAACAAGUUGAAUCUUCAAGCAAAUGGCAAUCAAAUCCUAAUUUCCGCAUUGCACAAGGAAUCCUGUGGUCCCUUUGAGAUAACUACUGAUGUUUCAAUCCAAAUCAUUGGGAAGUUGAGACCAGAACACAUGUGCAUUUUAAAUAAUAAUACUGAGUGA